AUGGAAUUUAGUUGGUAUUGGAAGCAAAUUGUUAAAGUCAAAGAGAAGUUCAAAGAGCUUAACUUGACUCAUUUCUGUCCUAAUGGAAUUUAUAGGACAGCUGAAGGUUACAAAGCUCUUGUUCUAAAUCAUGAAAAAGUAUCUUGGUAUAGGGAAGUUUGGAAUAGAACCAUCAUACCUAAGCAUCGAUUUAUCUUAUGGCUUGCGGUUCUAGACAGGCUACAAAUGAAAGAUAGGCUGUUUAGAUUCAACACAACCACUGAUUAUCUUUGUCUUAUCUGUGGUAGUAACAGAGAAACAAGAGAACAUGUUUUCUUUGACUGUCAUUUGAGGUCUUCUUGCUUGAGGAAAAUCAAAAGCUGGCUGGAAUGGAAGACAGCAGCUUCUACUACGCAUAAGCUGCUGAGAUGGAUUGCUAAAGCCAGGUUAUCUCAGUUCAGGAAACAAGUCCUUAUGGUGGCGUUGGCAGCUAUGAUAUACCAGAUUUGGUGGUGUAGAAAUGAGGCACUGUGGAAUCAAAAAGUUUAUACAGCAAAUAUAAUUGUUCAAAGGAUUCAAUUUAAUGUAAAGUACAGAAUUAGAAGUAUAAUGCCUAACAAUGUUCAGUUGAUAGAAAGAACUUGGUUUGAGAAAUUGUAA